AUGAGGUUGCCAAGGAGAGGCACGAGGGGCGGUGGAUUGGUUAGAGUCUAAUAGUUUGCCCCCUCUAUUCCGCCCUCGAUCAUGGCCGGCAUCCAUGGACCAGUACAUGGAGAUUGAAGACUAGCUGAGGACUUUUGCAACUCGGAGAUGGGGAGCAACGCGAACUUGUUGAGGAGCUUCAGCAGAGUGGAACCUCAGACCCUGAGUUUUGUCAUCUUCACAGGAUGCUUCCUCAUCUCCAUGGCCCUUCUUGUUGUGUCCGCAGGCUCUUUUGUCUCCUUUCCCAGUUUGAACUCUUGGCUGUCAUCUCACGCAGCUUCUCCUGUUCCUGGGGCGCAUGAAAAUUUCAAUCCUCAGAACCCGGACAUAGUGAACCAAAAUGAGAAUUUACAGAGAAAGCCCUUGUGUGACACUUCUGACAGAAGAGCAGAUAUUUGUGACAUGGAGGGUGAUAUCAGGAUCCAUGCAAACUCUUCCUCCAUCUUCUUUAUAACUUCCUCAAAUCGGAACACUACAGAACUGCAGGAAUCAUGGCGGGUAAAGCCUCAUCCUCGGAAGGGAGAUCUUGCUGCAUUAUCCCGUGUUACUGAAAUGUCAGUAGGUUAUUUGAGUAACAAUGAAGAUGCUCCGAAAUGUGACAUCAAGAGCUCAGUUCCAGCAAUCAUCUUUGCGACUGGUGGUUAUAUGGGCAAUUUCUUCCAUGAAACCACUGAUCUGAUAAUCCCCCUAUACAUAACGUCGCAUAAAUUCAAUGGGGAAGUUCAGUUUCUUAUAAGUGACAUGCUCCCAUGGUGGAUUACAAAAUACGAACUAUUACUGAAGAAGUUGUCUCAUUAUGAGAUCAUUGAUUUCAACAGGGAUCCUCUGGUUCGUUGCUAUCCUCGUGUUAUUGUCGGCAUUACAUUCCACAGGGACAUGAGUAUUGAUCCUGCAAGAUCCGGUGGUGUUACAAUGUUUGAUUUUGGACAAUUUAUAAGAAGCACUUACUCACUGAAGAAGGAGAGAGCAAUUAAGCUAGGAGCAAAUCAAGAUAAGAAGCCUAGACUUUUGAUUAUUUCAAGGAAGAGGACGAGAAAGUUCACCAACGUUGAUGAGAUAGCUCGAAUGGCAGAAUGGGAGGGCUUUGAACCUGUCGUAUCAGAGAUUAAGGAAAAUCAAAGUUUGGUGGAAUUUGCACAUACAGUGAACUCAUGUGAUGCAAUGCUGGGAGUGCAUGGUGCUGGGCUAACCAAUCUUAUAUUCCUCCCAACCAAUGCGGUAGUGAUCCAGGUUGUUCCUUUGGGUGGAUUGGAGACAUUUUGUUGGGCUGACUAUGGAGUGCCCACUUUAGAGAUGAAGAUGAGGUACUUGCAGUAUAGCAUAAGCAUCACGGAGAGCUCACUAGUAGGCCGGUAUGGUAUAACCGAUCCAGUGGUUACAAACCCAAAAGUCGUUCUGGAUCAGAAGGAUGGUUGGCGCAAUUGGACCUCAAUAUACUUUUUCAAUCAAGAUGUGAAGCUUGAUGUUGGCAGAUUCAGAAGUGUCCUCACGCAUGCUCGUGAACUUCUUCAUCAGUAGGAGGAUAGUGCGAUCGGAUCAACUCGUAGUUGUCUUCUCAAAUGAACCUACUGCAGCAUCUCACCUUUCGCUACGAGGUUCGGGCUGAAUUUGAAGUUCCUGAUGUACAUAUAAGAACCUGUUUAGAGUCUGAAUUUUUCUGGUUCAUUUGGAGAGGCACUCAGACAUGACAAAUUUUCUCAGCAUUCACAAACAGAAGUUAAGUUGCUUGGUUUUGCAUGAUAAUAUAUCAACAAAAAGGAACUUGAAAUUUUACGGUUCA